ACGCCAUUCCGCGUCGGUUUUCGUAUUGUCUGGGGCUUUUCAUUGUGAAAUCGCAGCCGAUAAAUAUUUGGAAUUCUACACUGGACGGUGGUUAAGUGAGACUGGACUUUCCGGGCCACUUUGUGUAACUGCAUGUGGUUGGAUUUGUUCUUCUGCAAUUUAAACGGCGACGUGUGGUGGAGUUUUUCGGCAUCCAUGUUGAAAACAAGGUCGUGUGGGAAAAAAGGGGGAGUGUGGGCAAUGCAGUGAAGAGAGGCUCCGAGGGAUGAGAUGUCCUGCAGGCGGCUGACAGUGCAGAUUGCCUUCUCUGUCUCCUGCGCCCACCACAGCAUCCCACUGUCCUGCAGAACAGACGGAUGCAAAUGUGUCCCAAAUGUGUUGGAGAUGCACAGAAGUGGAAUCAGCCUGUUCAAAACUCUAUAUUGUGCUAUUCUUGAUAUUUAAUAAUUGUUGGUUGCAAUUAUCCUUUAGUUCCUAAUCGUUUUGGAAGUACAUAAUAAUUAAUUUAAUAAAAAACCUGUCGAUUAAUAUUUUCAAAUUAAUCUCGAAGCCCAAGUAAACAUUGUUGGUGUCAAAACAACGCUGCUGAAGACGGAGAUUAAUGCAGAUGUCCAUCACCUUAUCAAAGAGCCUGUUUAAUGUCUAAUUUGUUGCCAGGGGAAAUAUUUAAACAUGGUACUUUUAACAAUAUUAGACAGAUUUAUUUAUGAAUUUAAAAAAGCAGCUAAUGCACAGAUAUUAAAUCCAUCAGACCUGCUACCACCUGCUAUCCAGAGACUGGAUCUAGGUGGAGCCAGGCAGAAUUACAGCUGUUUCUGAUCAUAUGUUAAAAAAGUAAAUAAUUACCAUAGUCGGUUUUAUCACUGUUAGAUAAAUAAUAAACCAUAGUUUUACCAAACCACGUGCAAAGUUCCAGCAUUUUAACCUAAUAGUUUUCUACCUAAAUCUGCUUUGCACAAGUGUUUAAAACAAAUAAAUUUACUUUGGUUUUAUCCAUAUAGCACCAAUUCACAGAGCACUUUACUAAACAGCCUUAAGAAAUUACAGUAUGAUAUAGAAUUAUAGUACAUGAAAUAAAAAAACAAUAAUUACUUUCUAAGGGAGUCACGACUCAGCAACGUGACGUCCCUGUGUGUUUUGGUUGAAGCAACAUAAAGCGAAACCAAAUGCAACAAAAAGAAGGGGGUAACCGGAAACUGCUGUCAAAAUAAAGACUAUUUCUCAAAACUACAGAGAAUCUGCGGAUGUAUUUCGUGUUUGAUCUUAAUAUAAUAAUCUGUUUUAUUUGUUUUUGCGUCAUGCAUUUGAAACAAACUUCCAGACCACUAUUCAUUUCCAACCUUCGCGUACACGUUUGUACCUAAUUUAUGUUUUUGUGUUAAAUAGUUCAAUCUUGUUUUGAAGUUGUAAGCACACGUCCGGCUUCACCUUCUCUAUUCUGUCCUGACUCCGUCCGCCCGCUCCUAAAGGGGCGUCUCUUUGACGCAUCGUAUCGUAGGUGACUCCUGGAUUGAGGCUCAGGUCUGUGCAGACAGGUCCGGAGCCGGACAGUCGGGAUCGGGUCUUGACUCCACACUUCCAGACAUGUUCACGGGGAUGCGGGCGGAGAACCGAGGGGGGUCCGGGGUCCUGGAUGCUGCAGCUCUGAGGCAGCAAAGGAGGCUGAAACAGACGGUCCAGUUCCUCCAUAAAGAUUCGGCCGACCUGCUUCCUCUGGACGGGCUGAAGAAGCUCGGGACGUCCAAACAGGGGCAGCCACAUCACAUCCUGCAGAAGCGGCAGCUGGAGGCAAAGCUGUGCCGAGGACAGAUGAACAUGUGCACUGUAACGAGCAACGGAGGUGUGCUGCUGAACAGCACUCAUUUAAACGUGCACGAGGACGAGGAUGAGGACGACUUCAUCUUCGUGCCCUGCAGAUGUUUAGGGCGGGAAGUGAAUGUGUUGAUCGACACAGGCUGCAAACUGAACCUGAUGUCCUCAGCGACUGUGGACAAACUAGGCUUGAAGGGGCUGGUGGAGGAGAACAAAGCGGAGGCAGAGGGUUUUCCACUGCUGCGCAGCAUCUGUGUUGACGGUCACAUCAAGGAGCUCGGCCUAGUCAUUGGACAAGUUCGGACAAUUUGCUCGUUUGCCAUAGUGGAAAGUAACAGGCCUCUGAUGUCACUGGGCAACAAGACACUGAAGUCACUCAAGAGCGUCAUUGACACUGAAAAGAAGAUGUUGGUGUUUGGGGCACACGUGAGGGAGCAAGUUCACUUCACCAGAAACCCCCUCCGUGAAAGCAGCUCUGACGUCAGGGACCUGGGACACUGACCUUCCCUCCACCAACACAUAUACACAGCAAUAAUCAUAUUCACUGAUACAACUCGAUGCCUCGUUGGGGAACGUCUGACUUCUCACUUUCUCUCUGCCUUCAAGAGUCGGACGGAUGAGCAGCUGCUCCACAAACCUUAUGUAGCACCAGUGUGGUCUCAUAGUAGCGUCACUGAAAGACUCCGGUAGAACAGUGGUUUUACACUUAGAUUAGUACGGUUCCACAGACAUCUGCUGUAAAUGUAGGAUAGUUGUAGAGAACAAAACCUUUUUACUCCAUGUGUAGUUAGUGUAGUAGAUAAAGCAGCUGUAUUUUAUAUGUAUUUUCUAGUCUGUAUUUGCAUUGAAGUCACUGCCUUUAAAUGUUUACACAAUGAUGGUGACGCCAGUGUUUUAACACGUGACUGUAGCAAAGCAGCUCUGAACGUCAAAUAAAAUCCCAAAUGAUGUGAA